GUUCUUGCAGUGGUUUGGGAGGAUAUCCUUUGCUGUGAAGUUGCACAACAAUCAGGAAUUCUAGCAAAACUGUCGAGAUCGCGAAACUUCUUUUGCCCCUCCUCCAAAAUAUCAUUUUGGAUCCGUGGUGCGCACCACCAAAUCACCACCGAUUGACUCAGACUCAUGUCAACACAAAUAGAGAAGCCAGCCGGCCGGGUGUCCGUGCAACACGAAACCACCGGCUUGUCACAGUGCUUGAAGCGGAAGGAGUGCGACUCAGACCCCGAAGACAUGGGAAAGGCAGUCCCUUCCCUGAAGCGGUUCCGUCGGGACGACGCACAGUGCGACCUCACGCUACGCGUCCAGGGCACCGACUUUAGGGCCCACAAAUGUGUCAUUAUGGCAAACAGCGACUACUUCUACUCCAUGUUCACUCAUCCUUUGAAAGAGUCGGCAGAAACAGUUGUGGAACUCCAAGGGUUGGAUUCGAACACGUUUGAAACGCUGUUCGACUUCAUGUACACGUCCGACCUGACGCUAACGGAGGAGACCCUACAGAAUGUCCUGUCCGCCUCCACGUACCUACAGAUUCCCAAAGCGCUGGAGAAAUGUUCCGACUACUUGGAACGGAGCAUGGACGCCUUGAAUUGUGCAGAAACGCUCGUGACUGCUGGAAAUCACGGGCUGACUAGUCUGGAGAUGAUCGUCACCGAAUUUCUGGCUAAAAACUUUAUCAUAGCCACUGAGUCCCUGAGCUUUCUCUACCUGUCCCCAAAACAAAUCCUCACGCUUCUUGACAGUGAUUAUACUUUUGUCUGCGCCGAGUUGGACAUAUUUGAGGCUAUAGUUCGCUGGUUUCGCCACGAUUUUGAACAGAGGGCAAAGUAUGUGGGAAAGAUUAUGAAGAAGAUCCGGUUUGGCUUAAUCAGUGUGGUCGACAUAGAAGAAGAGGUUGUACCCGUGAGCAAGGAGUUCGAAAAUCGUGAGUUCUCGAAACUGGUGGCCGAUGCGAGGGCCUGGCAUUCAAGAAAGUUCGAGCAAAGUGUUUCUGACAAGGUUAACAGCACAGCAAGGGUGUCCCCGUACAUGACGUUAGUUUCUGGUAUGAUAGACUCGAACCAGGACUCCUCCCUGGCUAUCCGUAUGUGCCGAGCGCCGUGGAAACGCAGGCAUCGCUGGGAGCCGGUCGGUACUACUCCCAAGAACUUUGGGAAGGCAGCUGUUGCCUGUGCUGUGGUGGGAGACUUUCUGUACGUGGUGGGUUUCCCCAAGCGCUUCCUCGCGAGCCAGUCGGAGAUACAUGAUGAUGUGAACUGGUUUAUGCGGUACGACCCACGUCAGGAGGAAUGGCUCAAGCUUAGGAAGUUAAACUACAAACACUCAGGUAUGAAACUAACAUCUGUUGGGGACAAGCUAUACGCGUCAGGAUCUUCUGAUGUCAACAUCGUGGAGUGUUACCUCAUCAGGACCAACCGCUGGGUGGACGCGUUCGAGCUUCCUCACAAACAAUUCCUGCACGCAGCAGAGUCGCACGGAGGGAAGCUCUACAUCGCGGGCGGGAUCUUCGUAGAGAACGAAGGCAGCACGGCGUGCGAUGACCUUCUACACUUCGAUCCCACCACAAAAGAACUCGCCACGCUGAAACCAAUGGGGACGCCGCGCUUCGGCCACAGUGUGGUGAGCCACGGAUGCAAACUGUACAGUUUUGGAGGCACGACCUACCACCCUGAAGUGGCAUGGGGGUUUGCUGAGAGCUCUGAGUGUUACGACAUCAAGGACGAUACUUGGACCACUCUACCCUCAAUGCCGACACCCAGAGGUUUCUCGGGUGUUGCCGUGUUGGGAGAUCUGAUCUACGUGGUUGGCGGGACCUGUGACGGGUUUGGUAAAACGUCAGUGGAGGUUUAUGACGUGAAUACGAAUAAAUGGGAGAAGCGAGCCAUGAUUCAGAGAAGGCUGUACUACCUGGGACUGGUCCUGCUUCGACACCCCUUCAAGAAGUUCAAAAAUCCAUAGGGCUGCAAAAUUUCCAACUACAACUAAUAUAUAAAGGUUGUUGGAUCGAGAACUUAGUUUUGAGCCAUUCUGGAUUAAUUGCGUUAGCUGCAAACUUUUAUCCCAUGGAUCUAGAGUUAGACUAUCAAAUGAGUCUAUGUCUAUUUUAAACCUGAUAUGCAUUAUUUCAUUUCAUUAUUCACAGUUAAACUGUGGUAAUUUUCAAUACUUGAGAGUCGGUACUUUAACUACCGGUACUUACUAGGACUUGAUGAUUGUAAUACAUGAUAUGUGAAAGCAAAGAUACUUUUAUAUCAGUGUAAAGCCUUUGUGAAUAGAUGUGUCAAUGCAACUUGCAAGUACACCUAGCUUACCACUAAACAAAAUAUUCCCCUCUCCCAAGGAGGUUGAACUUGCUUCUCCAGACAACACUCCCAAUAGGAUUUUGACUGCACGACUAUACGACUACAUAAUUUAAUAUAUUGUUUGAAUGAGAAAAAAACAAGUUAACAAUUAAGAAAAUUGGUUGUCUAGAUCGAACCACUGCUGCAUAAAACUAUGUGAAAUAAUCAGUGACAACAAGGCUGUCAGUUCAUGUGUUAUCUUUCUUUUCAUAUAUAAUCAGAACACAAUAGUCCAUGUUAACCAUGCUGGGUUCUCCUAUACCUACUUCUCACAUAUCUAAGAUAUCGAUAAAAGUGUAAAAUUUGUACAAAACUAAGGAUUUUACAUAAACAGUAUCAUUUAUGCAAUGAUUAGAUGUAAAGUCAUUUGACCUCAACUCCUGUGUACUUCUGCAUGGUUUUGAUAUGAAACGGAAUAAAUCGUACAAAUAAAUGUCAAAA